CUUAUUAAAUAGAUAAUUUUGUUACCGAAAUGUAGAAAGUGCUUAGCUUAUUUACUCGCUUUGCGACAUGGAUCAAAUUAAAUCCUUUUUUAGUCAGAAGAAAUUGGACAAGAAGUUUAAGAAGGCAGGAACAGGUCAUACUCUAGCCAACAGUGCUGCCAGUUCUAAUAAUGCGUCUAGUAGUGUUCGGAGCAGGAGCCAUGACGUACAGCCGAGUAGCAGACCAUCGGUGGCCCCUUCGCAGCCUUCGAGUGAGUCGGCAGCACUGGCUGGCCAAGCGGCCUUGAUGAGAAUCGAGAAGAAGUUUCAAGACAAUCAGCCCCAGUCCAGUAUAUCAAAAGCGGCCAAAGCUCAAGCCCAGCGCGAACUUGAGGAGGAGCGGAAAGCGAAGGAAGCGGCCUAUCAGAGCUCAGUGCUGUCAUCGAAGACCUCUGAGAGGCAGUUUGAGAGUGCACCUGUGCUAGAGUGCAUCCUGCUUGUGUGUCCAUUCUGUUCUGACUCAUUCGGGAAGCAGUCAAUUGACAAUCACAUGCACGAAUGUCUCAAACAGCAAAUGAGCGACGCGCCUUCUGUUGUUAGCGUGACCAUGUUUCUUUCGUGCAAUAGAAAUCCUGAAAAACUGGCAGCUGGCAAAGACAUUUUCAUCAGAGUGUUCAGUAAUUUAAUCAAAAAUGCAUCAGACGAAAAAUUUCAAAAGCUCAAGUGUUCAACCAACGCCUAUAAGGAUAAAAUCCAACCAAUGCUUGGUCACGAAGAGCUCCUGCAAGCAGCCGGGUUCUCUCUACAAAACAUUCCUACAAAUGAGCCAGACACGAGUGAACGUGCUUGGGUUAACUGUGAGCCAAAUGUAGAGUUGCUGGAGAACUUGGUGACCAUGUUAAACGAGGGACAGGCGAUGAAGCCUAGUUUGGACAGACAGGCGAAACUGCUUCACCCCAAGGACAUCCUGUCUGUGGGGCCUAUCUACUACCCUGACGACUUCUACAAUCUAAGCAAGGAGGAAAUAGCCCGAGAACAUCAGAUCAGGCGUGAGCGGGCGGAGAAAGAGCUGCAGCUGCGCACUAAGGCCAUGCGAGAGAGGGAUGCACAGCAAGAGGUGCGCAAGUACAACUACACUCUCAUCCGAAUUAGACUGCCGAACAACAUCAUCCUACAAGCAGUUUUCAGAGCGUUCGAGAAGUUCGGCGAUGUGGUGUCCUAUCUGAGGUCUAAUCUGGCCUACGAUUGUGUUCCUUUCUCUCUUUUGGACGCCACUGGGCAGUCUUUUGACGAGACAUCUUUCAUCUCAGACCUCGGCCUGGUGCCGGCAGCUGUUCUUAACUUCCACUGGGACGACUCAAUACUCAGAGAUGUCAUCGAGGCCAGAAAGGAGACAGAAGUCCAGUUUCUGUCCAAUGAGUUUCUGUCCCAGUUGGGUUGACAGUGCUCGUUUCAGAUUUAUAUGUGUAUUAGAUAAUAAAAUGGCCUUAGAUGGGUUCCACCUAAUUAAACUGUAUUUUUAUGUUACAAUUAUGAGAUAAUCAUCGAAUUUUUGAACUUAGCUGUUUUUAAAUU